AUGAAAGAUCUAUUGUCAAGGAAACAUAAGCUGCAAGAAUGCCAGACUAUUGCACUUACUGAAGAGUGCAGUGCUAUUAUACAGAAAAAGUUUCCUCAUAAGCUUCGUGAUCCAGGGAGUUUUAAUAUUCCUAUUGCCAUUGGUAACACAAAUGUUGGCAAAGCUUUAUGCGAUCUUAGGGCAAGCAUCAAUCUUAUGCCUCUUUCUGUGUGUAAGUCUUUGGGAAUUUCUGAAUUGAAGCCUACUACGUGCUGGAUAUGGAGAGGGGAGAGUGAUAUACCUCUUCUCUUAGGUAAACCCUUCUUGGCUACAACUAGAGCCAUAAUUGAUGUUGAACAAGGAAAGCUUGAAUUGAGGUUGAACGAUGAAAUAAUCACUAUUAAUGUUUUUGAUGCUAUGAAGAAAUGUUAUGAUAAGAGUGAUUGCUUCAUGCUAGAUGUUUAA